AUGGAGAACUCUAUAUCUGGUAUGAUUGAGGAACAAAACGAGUACGUCGGCUAUAAUUCCGAUGACUCUGAAAUGGAGAAAAAUUUGCAGCACGAAGAUGGCUGGAGCGAAGACGAUUUUGAUAUUGCGUACGAUGAACUUGAUAAUGAUGAGAACCAUGGUAAACACAUAGACGAUCAAAAUGAUGAGAACCAUGGUGAACACACAGACAGUCUAAAUACUAGUGAGGCACAAUUUGACACGCACCUUGAGUACGACUAUUACGGUGAAUCUGACUUGGACACGGGUCAUACUGAUGAUGUGGAAGGUGCAUCAGUUCCUGAGGAUUCUGCGACGCCAAGCGCUAGUCAGCCCGAGAAAACACAGAAAGGUAGCAAUGGAAAUGAAUAUCCUGAUAAUAAUCGGGAUUUAUACUGGAUGAUAAAAGAGAUGACUUUUAUUUCUGAAGCAGCAACAUUUUCUUUCUACAACAGAUAUGCUAAAGAUUAUGGGUUCAGCGUCCGGCUGGACCAGGUUAAGCGGUUUGAUGAUGGAGUAAUUUGGCUAAGGCGUUUUGUGUGUUCCAGAGAAGGCAGACGUCUCAAAAAGCAACUGACCACGGAAGGCCACGUAUAUAGGCUCAGACCUGAGUCUCGCUGCGGCUGCAAGGCACGUUUGGUGGUGAAGUUUGAUGGAAGAACUGGUUUCUGGAUUGUUGAAGAUUUUCGAGACAAACAUAACCAUGACCCAACUGAACCAUGUGAGACUCCGUUUCUUCGGUCCCAUAGGACGAUCAACGACGCGCAGAGAUCUAAGAUAUUAUCACUGGGAUCCAUGGGGGUCAGGAAGCACCUCAUUAUGAGAAAAUUCAUUGCAGGCUCCGGUUCAUUUGCCGGUGUUGGAUUCACAAGAAAAGAUGUGUACAACAUGUGCUCUAGGGAGAGGAGGAGGCUGCUUUUCGACGGUGAUGCUACCACAGCCAUCCGCAUUAUGGCAAAGAGGAAAAAGAGGGACCCUAAAUUUUUCUAUGAAUAUGACGUUGAUGACAAAGGCCGUCUGAAGCACAUGUUCUGGUGUGAUUCCCAGUCACGUAGGGAUUACCAGGACUACGGAGAUGUGCUGGUGUUUGAUAGCACAUACAAGAUGAAUAAAUAUAAGAUGCCAUUUGUUCCUUUUGUGGGCUUGAACAACCACCGUAGGACAACGGUUUUUGGGUGUGCCAUCCUUUCAAGCGAGAAUGAACAAACAUAUGUUUGGCUUCUAAAGACCUUUCUCAAAGCGAUGUGUCAACAGAAGCCAAAGGCAGUAAUCACGGAUGCAGAUUACGUGAUGAUCGGCGUAAUCGGCAAAGUAUUUUCUGGUGUGUCACAUCGCAUCUGCAGCUUCCACAAUGAAAAAAAUAUGGAGAUGCAUCUACCUAACAAGUCACUGAACGAGUUCCGGACUCUUCUGUAUUACACCACCUCAGAGCAAGUAUUUGAGGAGCGAUGGCAUGCAUUUUACAGAAAAUGGCAAUCCCCAAAAACUAGAACAUGGAUGAAGAGGAUGUACAACAAGAGGAAACUUUGGGCUGCAGCGUAUCUCUCUGAAGGAUUCUGGCUGGGGAUGAAAAGUAACCAGCGGAGUGAAAGUUUAAACUCUUGUCUACACCUGCACCUAGAUGGGGAAAUGACAAUUGUUGAUAUGAUUAUGCACUACGACAACGCAAUUGUCCAUCUCCGUGAGAACGAAGCCCACGACGACUGCACGGCUUCACAGACUACACCAGUGCCAAUUACUAAUUUCAGAGAACUAGAGGUUGCUGCUGCAAAAAUCUUCACUCCUGCUGUGUUCUAUAUUAUUCAAGAAGAAUAUGAUCUGCUCAACAAUACCAUUGAUGGCAUAAUUUCUAUAAGAGAGGGGUAUGCUAAAGGUAAAGCAUAUGGUCCCCUCAGGUCGGUGCAUGAAAAUGAAGAUGCUAGUGGACCAUGCGAUAUUGUUAUUGGUGAUCCUUUGAAAGUAUCCACUAAGGGUGCACCUAGGCAAGAAGCGCAGAAAUCUCCGAUGACUAAAAAUGGAAGACCACUAGGACACAAGGAACGCAGGGUGCAGGAAUGUGCUGCAGCAGGAAGGGUAGUUCUUUCAUAG